GUUUGUUUGUUUAUUUCUACUCAUUGCAGGUUAAUUAUACACUAAUAACGCGGCUGCAACACGAAACAAAAACAACAAGCAAGAAAAAACAAACUGCAGCGAUAAUAGCAUUAAGAGCACGAACACGAGCAACGGCGAUAGCAACAACAAUGGCAUUUGAAGAAAUAAACAACACCGCCGCCGCCGCCGCCGCCGCCGCUGAUGCCGAUGCCGAUGCCGGUAGCGCCUGAAAAGUGCAGCAGAUGUAAUAAAUCAGCGACAACAACGGCAAAAUGUUGACGGUAGUUUAUCAACAGCAGCAAAACAAACAACAACAACAACAACAACAACAACAACAACAACACAUAGUGACAACAACAAAAGUGCAAGACGAACGUGAACGGCACUCGAAACAACCUAAGCACCGGCAACAAACCAUCAAAGUGAAUUCACGAACAAAUGAGUGAACAAAAAAAAAAGAAACUAAAACGAAUUACAAUAACAAUAGCAGCAUAUUGAGAACACAAGUAGAAACAUUUUGUAGUGAAGCUGCAGCCAAGGAAUACAGUAGCAUUAGCAACAACAAAUACAGCAGCAACAGAAGUGACAGCAGCAGCAGCAACAUAAAAACGUGCAAUCCCCACAGCUCGGACAGACAGACAGACAGACAGUGAAGAAAUCGUGUUGCCACUGCAGCUCAUGUUUUUUGCUGUUGUUGCAUUAUAAACACCAUAAUCAGUAGCGCUACAAAGGAGUAGGAAGCAGCAAGUAUCUGGCUCUCUUCAAAGUGGACAUUUAGAAGUUGGGCAGGAACUCAUCCACCAGUCCACCGGUUUGUCUAAAGUGUUUACAUAAAAAAAGUCAGCUGCGAAGCUGUAAACUUCUUUUGAGAAGAAGACAAAAAAAAACGUAAACAGCAAAGGAAAUAGCGCUACAGUGCUGUGAAAUAGUAAACGUACGUGGUGACAGCAAAAAAUUUGCACAGCCGGCGGAUGCAAAAAAAAAACACAGCACAGCAAUUUACUUGAAAAACUGCCAACGUUAUGCAACACAAUUAAAUUGUGCAGCGGAAAAAACGAUCGAUUACUGCAAAAACAAACACAAGAACAACGCGUACAGGAGUGGCAAUAAAACACUGUAAUCUAGCGCUGGAACGCAGUUGUCACUACAAGUUGCCCGCAGCGCCGUUUUUUGUUGGUUGGACGGCAGCGCUGAUUGAGUGUCGUACGGCGCGAAAGAACAUAGAACGGCAACGGAAAAAAACUUGCACUACAAGAAGAGGCCGCCUAUUGUCAACUGCAAUAAUUGCAUAACAAGAAUUUUCGCAUUUCUGGGUGUGUGAGGCGGCGACAAAAGGCAUAGUUGCAAGUAGAAUAGUUUAGAGUAGAGUUAGAGAAGCGUUGACAGAACAAAAAAAAAACGCUUAGCAGGAAGCGUGUUUUUGUGGCAAAAGGAAAGCCGCCAUAGCAACAGAGAACGCGCAUACAUACACACUUUGUACAUAUAUACAGAAGUAUAUCUAAUAGAUCUCGCGGCUGCAGUUAGUUUUGCAUUGCUGCAAUUUGAGACAACAGAACGACAUAGCGGGGCAGACAUUCACUACAUAGAAGUAUUCUGUUAAACGAAAUACAAAACGACCAACCUGUGGCAGACAAUAAACACACAGUACAAACGGCAUUCAUAGUCGUCCGAAAAAAACACCCAGCAGCAGCGAGGCGUAUAAAAAUUGCAAUUUGAACGCAAUAGACAGUCGCCAUUUUUCAUAGCCACCGGCUGCAGCGCUAGAGCCUGGGAAAAACACUUCAUUUAGAAUUGCAAUCGAGUGUGUUUUUUUUACAUUUUCCCUCUAUGGUUUCUUUUUUGCUGUCGGUGAAUUGCAAGUAGCAACAAAAAGCCACUAUUAGGCAACAAAAAAAAAAACAAAAAACGCAUUCAAUUCACGGCGCGGCGACAAAAGUCAAAAGCAUACCCGAAGCGUGACUGUAAAGUGUGGAAGCAUUAGAGCAAAACGUCGGGCAGAUCAGUUUGCUACAAUAAGCAACAGCAACACAGCAGCAGUGGUGCAUGCAUUAGCGCAGCAAACACCACAAUUUGCCUAAUGAAGCAUUAGAUAGUAGCAUUGAGCAGAUAAAAAAGGCAAUAAAGGCAAAAGAAAAGCGUUUUUGAAGCGAAGCGCGAGCAACAAACAGCCUCAUCCACAAUGGACAGCGCGGCACCUUCACCUUCGACACACACGCCAACAGCAGCACAACGUCCCAGCGUGACUGCCAAUGGCCUUGAUUUGACUACGCUACCGGCACCGGUAGCACCCGCGCGUCAUGCGCGCCCAAUGCCCGCACAACGCGCUGCCAGCGGCAACGCCAGCAGCACCUCAUCCACAACCACCUCUUCACCACCACAAUACAGCGAAGAAGUGCGACGCGCAAAUAUGCCCACUACCUUAGAUUUGUUGCCGCGUCAGAGCAGCGUUUCGUCCACCAAGACGUGUGAGGUCGAUUUAGGCGAUGAGGAGCGCGACACUUUCUCGCCAGUCAGCAGUGCAACAAGCACAAGCACAAGCGUUGGCUGUGGCGAUGGCGAUGGCGAUGCGGACGUCGACGGCUGUGGUGAUGCCAGCAGCAAUCGCAGUAAUCCCAGCGAUGGCGCGCUCGUGCACGCUGCUGGCGGCUGCAAUGAUAGUGUUGGCAGUGGCGCAGCGACUCCGUACGACAACAAAGCCUUUGAAGGUGCACAUUUACCCACAGCUGUACCGACGCCCGUCGCGCGCUUGAAGGUGAGCAGCAAUGGGGGCGCAGGCGUUGCUGUAAGUGGCGCUUUGCAUUCGCUCACUUCGAAGGAGGAGAAACAGCGGCAAAACGAGGAAAUUGUGAUUAUGGAAACGUCGUCGAUUUCUUCAGAGACUGGCUCAUGGGAAUCUGUGUUCCCACACGCUGCGAGCAGUAUUGCGGCCGGCAGCGUAAUGUCAACAGCCGCCGUAGCGACAGGCGUUCCCAUUGCCAGCAGCAACAGCACCAACAGCACUGCGUCUGGGAGCAAGCCCUCGGAGGUUAAUAUGUCUAAUUUAGCUACUGAAUUCUUUCAGGGUGAAGGCAAGCUGUCGCAAAUGCCAUUUGAACAACCGAAAGAGCGUGACAAAUGCGGCGCCGCUGAUUUACAAGCGCAUUUACUAAAAGAACCUGAUAUAUCGCCCUACCUACCGGCCGACACCAGCUCACUCUUUACCGGCAUUAGUACGCAUUCGUUGUUGCGUGAUUUGGAAAGGCGCGAGAAUGCAAUGAAUUCGUCGGGGCAUAGCGCUUGCUUCAUUGAUGCUUCAUCGCUGCGUGACGAAGAUGAAGUGCUCUCAUUUCCCAGUUUGGAUGGACAGCAAUCGAACGAGGACGCUAAAGAUGCUGAGGAGUGUGUAGAGGAGCCAAAGCCGGAAAGGGAGGAAGACGAAGAUUCGCCUACCAAGAAACUUGAAUCAUUCCAUAAAGCAUUUGCCAAGUGCAAAGUGAAAUCUAAAGAUUUACCUGAGUCGGCAGAAACGUUUAACUUGUCAAAGUCAAGUUCUAGCUCAAAUUCUGGUGCAGACUCACCGCACAAGCAAAUGUCAGCCGCAUCUGCCACAUCCACUAAUAAUCUUUCGGACGAGGAGAAACUGUGGAAGCGCGAGCACGAAAGUCAGAAGGCACCACCAAAUGCCGAAACCAAAGAAUCCAUUGGUAAACUCGCUCAACUUGUACCCCAACAAAACACUUCCACGCAUGAGGAUGCCACCGAAGCUUCGGUUUCCUUAGCGGCUGAUGCCGACUCAUCUGACUCAUCGGAAAUUGUUAAACUACGUCGAGAGCAAGAGCAUAAGCAGCGUGGCCCAUAUAUUUUCCAGCACAACUUGCAACAGUUCAGCAUUCAUCCAUUGGCUGUGAGCCCGAAAUUCCCCAUGCACGGCUCGGCCGGCACCAGUGUGGCACAUCCGACCGCAGUGCAUGCCACGCACAGCGAUCUUAGCUACACCACCGACUAUUCAUCGUCUAGUCCUGCGCCGAGCCUAGUUUGGUCCGAACAUGAACAUCGCCCUAGCCUUAGUAGUCGGCCUCACGUCGAUGACUAUGAUGGACAUCUGCAUCAGACAUUUGCUCAACCAGACACGCCGCACAAUUCUAUAGCUCACAUAGAAAAUGCCUCCAGCAAUAAUUCUUCCAUACAUCGAGAUUAUACAAUGUCAUCUUCGUUGUCACAACAACGCGACUCUGGCGCAUACUGCAGCGACGCCACAGACUCGCCCAUACCAAUGCCCCGCACGCCAAAACGUUCCAAGUUCGAUGAAGCAAAUCCGAUCAUAUCGGGUGGUGCAUCCAUCAAAGACUUCGCGCCCAAGCAGUGCGAGAGCCCGCCCGUGCAGCGACGUUUGGAGUCUUGUCCCAUCGUCUCGGGUGGUUUUGCAUCAUUGGACUUUGAGCCAACACGUCCGCUGGGCGAUGACGAUGAUGAGCAGGUUGAAAUGCGUUCGCGACCGAAGACUCGUAAGCCCAUACCCGGCAUUGCGUCAUGGGUUGUAGAUAUGAGCGAUUGUCGCCCGGAGCGGCGUAAAAGUACCAGCUCCACUUCAAGCAUGGAGGUGUCUGCAGGCAAAUUUCGUGAACGCUCCGAUUCCACAAGCUCGCACAAAAGUGGUUGUGGAUUUUAUGUAUCCCUGGAAGAUGUGGAUAAAAAGCCCUCUACCGAUGAUCUCAGUAAAAAACCAAUGAAGCCACAAAUGAGCAAAUCGUAUACGGCGCCAAAGGCGGCGGGCUUCUUUGUAAAUCUAUCAAAAAGUGAAUAUGCGUCGGCCGAUGAAGAGAAACAUGCCGAAACGAAGACAGAAGAGCCGGCAGUAGAUAAGAAAAAUAUUUUCAGUAUGUUUAUUGAUAUUGGCGAAAGUAAGAAGCCGGCAGGUGGCUUGUCUAGAAAAGAACCCUUUAGCUUAGCCCAACGACUCUCAAGCUCUUAUGGCUCGCAUGCCGCUCAGCGUCGCGCGGACGAUGUGAUGCGUUCGAGCGCCAGCUCUACAGAAACGCUGAUGGCAAAGAGCAGCAGUUUGAAGGCGAAUCCGGACAGUGAGAUGUGUGGCGAAAGCAAGUCACUGGACUAUAAAUGUAAUCUCGAUCCACCAAUCACUGUAGCAGCCAUACGACGCAUCUCACAUCAGCAGCGCGCACAAAACGACGCUAUCAAGAGACAUUCCUGGGGAAAUAAUCCUUCGAAGGAAGGUUUGGCAUGCGACUACAAGCGCUCUAUCAGCCUUACAGCGUACGGCGAGUCGAAGGAGAACGGCGGCAAUGGUCUGAUGAGUAUUAUAGAUAAAAUACCGUUGAUCUCGAAGACAUCUUCUUUGUCGGUCGACAGCUCCUUAUCGCCGUUCGACGAAUACACGGGAUCUAAGUCGGAACUCAGCACCUGUUCAAACAAUUCGGCGCGCAAUUCGGUAUCAGGCGGUGAACGGGAUGAUGAAGUUUUCCAUGCCGGCGCAGGCGCUAAUAACAGCGGAAGAGUAAAAAGACGACGCCGCGAUGUACAAAUCAAUGAAACAUUUGACAAAAGUAGUUUGGCUUCCAUAACGGAUGGUGUACUAUCGAAAGACAUGUCACCUGCGUCCACCACUGACACCGAUGACUUGACUUUCCAGCAAGAUGAAGAACAAGCCAUGCGUGAAGCCGCCUCACAGCAGCAACCGCAGCAAUUGCAACAAGUACCCUCAAAUCGCUCGUCAGCUAUUAUAAUGGAAACCAUAAUUGAGACCAAAGAGACGUCUUCGCCUAAGAAAAAUGCCGCUGGCCAUACAAUGGAGAGUCUACAUGCCACCAUAGAGAAACAGAAAAUGCUACUCGAAACAGUAAAUGAACACGGUGAAGUGGAGAAGGGUACAUUCGUUAAGCUGUCUGACAUGGACAAGCCGACAAAGUUCGAACUGCAUUCGCCCGAGUCGAUGAGCAAGAGUGUCGGCAAUCAUCGCCAAAUCAAUCGGCUCUUCCGCGACGACUCGAAAACGCGCCCCCAUUCAUGGACCAUGACACGCUCGCAAGGUAACAGCUUCCUCAGCAUAACCAAUUCAGUAGAGAAUCUGCGCAGCUUGUCGCGGCUUUUCCCCAACUUCUCAAAGGAAUUCUCCAACUCGCUGCCGAAUGACAUCAUCUGUGAUCAAAUGGACUAUAUACAGACCGAUAUUAGCGGCGAUUCCAGUCUUGCAUCGUCGUUCAGUCGUUCCGGCAUGGAUGAAUCGUCCAUAUCGUGUCGGCAACCGCGUAGACUGGGCGAGGAUUUGUUGAAAAUGUUCCUGCAAGAGAUUGCCACCGACAUGAUUGUGGAGGUGCAUGGACGCCGCAUCAAGGCGCACAAGUGUAUUCUACGCUCGCGUUGUCAGUAUUUUGCAGCUAUGUUGGCUGGUAGUGGUGCGCAGAGUGUCGUCUCAUUGCAAGGUUACUCCUAUUCGGCUGUACAUUUUGCAUUGUGUCACAUCUACUCGGGUGCCUCGCAUCCACCAGACGGCAUUAGUUUGAUGGAACUGGCAGCGUUGGCUGAUCUGCUCGGCUUGGAGGGCUUGAAGGAGGUGACGGCGCAUGCGUUGAAGACGAAUUAUUGUCACAAUUUUCACAAGCCAUGCUCGGGUUGUAUCGAUGGCAUACUGCAGGUGUUGCCUGUGGCAUUGACUCACUCGCUGGAUGAUUUGUAUCGCAAAUGUUUGCGUUGGACUUGCCGCCACUACAUGAAGGUUUGGCCAACUCGUCAAUUUGCUCAGCUACCAGCGGAUAUACUGGGGCGCUGUCGCCAGCAAAUUGUCGCCUAUAUGACGUCGGAGAGCGUGUUGGACACAGUGCUCGACUGUGAUAAUUUGCUGACGCAGUUGGCGACCUACCGCUGGGGUGGUAUUUGUGAGAACCUCGUACGAAAUUUGGAUUGGGAUUCCGAGUAUAUACGUUUGGUGAGCGCCAUACUGUCCGCCGUCGAGCAGUGUCUUAUACGGCAGUGUUCGCGCGCCAUGCGCGUGACUGCUUGGCAGCGCAUGGAUCUAGAUUUGCGUAAAAAGAUACAAACAUUGGCGCGUCUGACUGAACCAAUGGAUCUAAAGCGCAACAAGCAGGUCUCAAAGGCGUUCACUUUUAGUGGCAGCACGCGUAAUCAGGAUCUCUAUCAGGUGAAGUUGGCAAUACAGGCGCAUUCGAAGCGCGCCAUGGCGCAAGAUACGCAGCUGUACAAGGCGACGCAAACACAGGAUGCGGGCAAUGUGCAGACCACCGAACGCGGUGUGCAGGCCAACAACGAUCUACGCGAGGGCACAAGUAAAAUUCUCAAAUCGAACACGCGCGUUCAUGUGCCUC